AGCGGCUGGAGAGAAGCGAGAGAGAGGCUGAACGGUGCGGCGGCGGAAGAUCAGCGAUCGCUGGCGUGAACAUGGCGGAGACCGUACGCUCGCUCUUCGACUACAGGGAGCCACUCAGUCUGGACAGCGAUGGAGACGGCAUCAAACCGGCACCGCCACUGCGGGGGCGGGGCUGUGGAAGGAAAAGGAAAGGGACACCCGUGAAAGUCUUUCUUACACACACCGAGGAGGAGAGUUUGCCUGAACACAGCUUCAAUCAAGGUGAUCGUAAAGAAGCUGCAGAGAAUAAACGGUCCACACUCGAUGGACCUUUCUACAGCACAGAAAAUGCCCCUCACAACUGUGGUCCAUCAGAGCAGACUCAUGGAAAAGUCUCCUCAGGAUCCAAAACCAGCUCCUGCUCUGCCUCCACACCCGCUCCUCCAGCUUCCUCAGCACCAACCCCAACACCACUCCCCGCCCCUGCCCCGACCACAGUGACGUCAUCUCAGGCCUCGUCUCUGACUCCUGCGUCCACGGCCCCAGCUGCCCUGACGGCGUCUGCUCCCGCCCCGACUGCGAGCUCCUUCCCUCCCUCCCCAAACUGCCGCAUCCGAGAGGUCCACUGUGGCAGCCAGGUGAGGCUGGUCGUCAUCGCCAUCCGAGACAUCACCAGGGGGGAGGAGAUCACUGUGGACUACAGCCUGACAGAGUGGGGAGAGAAUAUGGGUUUCCGUGGUACUGUGUCUCCAGCUCAACAUGACUGUAAUUCUGACGCUGAAAUGGGCAACAAUAUCAAAAAGGAGGAUGAGCCUCUCCCCCUGACAGCCCAGCAGCAGCAACGGCAAAGGCAACAUCAACGACAACAGCAGCAGGAGUACGUCACCCCUUCAUGGUCUCUCUCCCCCUCCUCCUCCCCUAUCUCCCACUCUGACGCCAGUGAUUCAGACGCUGGAGAUGAAGACAACGCCAGCCCCCGCGGGCGCACGCCCCGCCGCCGCAAGAAACGCCGUGGCACUCCUUCAAAGAAAAAGACCCCCCAUCGGACCCCACCUGGUCGACCGAUGCCUGUCUCCUCUGCCAGCACUCCUCAUCCAAACCGUCCACUUCCUUCAUCCCACCCUCCAUCGCAGUCCUCCCCUCCCUGCACGUCUUCCUCCUUCUCUUCUGCAGCUAAGCCUGUGUUCAAAGCUCCGGCUCCGCUGGGCUCCAACAACACGAGCAGCAUCAACAUAAACGCCCAAAAAGGAGGAGUGUCCAUAGACUCCAUGCGGCAAACAUGCGAGUACUGUGGACGCCACUUCCGUUCUCUUGGACGUCAUCUAGAUAAACACCACUCCCACCAACCAGAGGUGUGCUCAGCCCUCGUGGAGCGCUACACACAAAUGCCCCGCCUGCAUGCACAGAACACACAUCCUACACCAGCUCACACUCACACUCUGCAGCAUUCAAAGUCGUCGCAAGCUAUAGGGCACGGCCACAGUACAGAUCUUCCAAACAGCGGUGUCCAGGACCUCUCAAUGUCUCCGUCCACUCUCACAGCGACAAACCAAUCCCCUUCCGCCACUGGAAGAACCUGCACCCCUCCUUUGCUUACCCCUCCACGAGGACAGAACGCAGUGCCAGUGUCUGUGUUAAAGAGGAGCCCGCCUCCUGUGGCAAUGUCACAGUCUAGGAAGGGGGGGAUAAGGAGGUUUAAGAAAGAAAGAGCGGAGGAUGAGGACGUAGAGUUUGAGGAGGAUGAGAAUGAAGACGAUGUGGAGGUCGUGGAGGUGAAGAGGCUCAAAGAGGAGGAGGAGGAGGAGGAUGUUGAGUUGGUGAGCCCUCAGUCCUUCAUCAGCAGGUCAGCCAAAGACAUGGAUCCAACAAAACAGGAGGAAGAUGAAGAGGAGGAAGACGAGGAGGAGGAAAACGGAGUGAUGGAGGUGGAGGAUGAAAGUGGGGCAGAGGACAAGGAAAAGGACUUGCUGAGUGGUUCAGGGCGUCACCAUUUGCUGCCACUCCUCUCGUCCUUGUCCUCCCUUGUUCUGUACCUUCGUCGACUGCAGCACUCGGCCUUCCUGUCUCUGUCUCGGCAGCUGCAGUCGGCUGAGGCAUGGCGACUUCUCUGCCACUCCAGCUUGGCGCUCCUAAUCCUCUACAACCGACGACGUGAGUGUGAGGUCUCCAAGUUGUCCAUUGCUGAGUACCGUGCUCGUGUCACUCCACAGUGCCCAGUCCCUGUCCCACCUGGUGCCCCUCCGGCUCUUACCCCACUUGAGGCCUCCCUGUCCCCCUUUGAGCGCCUCGUGCUUCCUCACCUCCCUAGAGUCGGGGUACAGGGUAAGCGUGGACGAGUCCAGCCCCUCAUUCUCCCCCCUCACUGCGAGCCCUGCCUGGAGCUCCUCCUGCAGACGCGUCAGGACGUUGGUGUUGACCCUGCAAACCCGUACGUCUUUGCUCGGCCCUAUCACUCCCCUGCCACCCCGCUGCGAGGCACCGACCUCCUCCGCAGUUUGGCCCGUUCAAGCGGUACCCGCAAUCCUCGCGCCCUGACCCAGACCAGGGUCCGACGACAAGUAGCUAUUCUGACCCAGCUGCUGCUCCUAGGGGAGGGAGAGGACCCUGGGCAGCCUGGAGGAAACGCUGUGGAGAGACUGGAGCACUUCCUGGAGAGAGAGUAUCAUGUGACACAGAACUGUGCUGGGAUUGGUCAAGACCCAGGCCUGAUGGGCAGAGUGGGCCGAGUUGUGCUUUGUGGAGAGAGAGAUGGAGUGCUGUUCCGAGGGAUGAGCCUGAACCACAUCUGCCUGGAGCUGGAUGUCAUGUCAGGAAAUUCUGCAGACUCGUACUCAGAGGGAGAAUCUGAUGGUGAGCAAGUGAAGGAGAAGCCAGAUCUGGCCGCCCCUGCUCCUGCUCCGACCCCUACACCCACCCUUUUGUAUGUGAGGAAGGGCAAGAACAACGGGAGGGUUGGACGACCAAAGAAGCUCAAGAACGCCCAGCUACCCCCUCCGCCUCUUAUUCCUUCUCCACCUGCAAAUCGCAAGAGAGGCUCAGGUCAGCCCGCAUCAGGCAAGCGAGGCGUCCUGAAGCGACCCUGGUCUGAGGCGGAGCGCGCUGCAGUUGAGGAGCACCUGACCCAAAACAUCACAGAGCUGCGAGUCCCUGCAAAGGCAGACUGUGAGCGCUGUCUCCAGCAGUGCCCCCUGCUGGUCAGCAACCACCGUGACUGGAGAGCCAUCAAGUUCUACUGCCACAAUCGCAUCCAGCUGCUGAAGAAAAACCAGCGGCGUGAUAGUGACCCCUUGCCCCUCGCUGUCUGCUGAGAGGUGGGGGAGGGUGGUGGUGUGCGUGUUGUGUAGUAGCAGAUUUUCAAAUGGUACCCUGUUGUCCAGGAAAUGCACUAAUUUUGAGUGAUUGGUCCUAAAUUUCACAAUUUUUUUUAGCAUAUUUUUUUAUUUUAAUUGACUCUAAUUUGACACCUGAUGGCAUUUUUACUUUUAGCCAUACAAGAACAGAAAUUUGAAUAUUUAUUAUUUUGCUGCUCCACUUUAAGGUCUUAAAAAUUACACUAGAGUCAUUAUGGUGCUCCUAGUUUUAGUGUUACAGUUAAGUCUUGUUGAAAGCAGUGCUCUGGGACAGGUGCUGUCUGAAACCGCUCUGUUUGGCUCUUGCCGUAGCCUGGGUUGUGUUGUAUAUGGACAUUUUUCUCUCCUACCAAAAUGGACACACUAAACUGAAAUGUAAACAUGGGGAGGCAGUUGAACCUUUCAGUGUUGUUAUAUGAACGUCGUGAAGUAGCAUUAGUGUUGAUGCACUUGGAGACGUUAAUAGGACAAAUGGCCUGCGUGGGCCACACUUUUCUAACUAGUAGUUAUAUUUAAGUAGAGUAGGAAUAACUACUGCUAAUAGUAGAAGAAAAGCAAGAGCUUUCCUACAACAAGCUAGUUCAUACAGCUAACUGUGCAAUUCCGACUACGGUUUCAGUAUAUUUGGACCUUAAUUUACAUGUAAGGUACUAGUUGAAUGAAUAACUUACUCUUUUGCAGUUACUAUGAAGUUUUCUUUUCAUUAAAUGAAAAACAACGUAACGAUGGAGAUAAUUUCCGAGUGGGAGUUGUGAUUUCAUGAGCGAGACAAUUAAAUGGCCUCUGAAUGUUGUGAAGUUACUUUUAGAUACCUAAGAUGUUUAGUAAAUCGCAAAGUCCACAAACAUGAAAAGUGUUUGAAAAACUUGUUGGCUCAAAAUGUCAACAGUUACCUUAUUCCUCCGAGUGACGUGUUCUCAUUACCCCAUUGUUCAUGUUUUUUUGUUUUGUUUUUUUACUUUUCAGCCUGUUGCACAUUUGUUAUUCAAAGCAGAAACAAAAUGUGCUAAAGGCCUAUAAGCUGGAUAUCACUUUAUGUGUGGAGAGGAGACUUUCCUUAGUUGUGUUAAAAAAUUCUUAAAAGUGGGCAUUUAUCAGAGAAGUGAUUGUUCUGUGUUUCCAUGUUUGUUGCCUGUGUUGUUGUUACUUUCCCAAACAGCGAAAGCUCCUCUGGACCUUUCCACGCCACACUACACGGUUUGCAGCUUGACCGGACUUUUGGGUUUCUCUUCAGUGUUGCUGAAAAUCUGAGUCCAUAGGACAAAAAACCUCCACGAAACCUCAAGACAAGAUACUUGAAGUGAUUUUAACCUUUUUCUUCAUCGUUUGUUCUUUCUUGCUCUAGCCUAGCCAGUUACAUUGUACAUAAAACAAAUAUAUUAUCAAUAUGCUAACUGGUCGUUUGUGCUUGACUAUAUGUAGCUUUUUUCCAUUUCUGAGUUAUUGCUAUGUGUACAUAAGCCUGUUUGUAAAUACUCUUCAGAGAAACAAAGGAAAAACACAAUGUAUGACAUGCCUUGGUUAUUGUGUUAUGUUUUUUCUUUUUUUUAUAAGUCUUAUAAAAAUUUGAACUCA